AUUUAAGACCAACAUUACAGCGACAGUCAUAUGAGCGAGGUCCAGGAACACCCUAACUCCGAUCGGAUUUAAUUACCAUGUAUCCAGAUCCCCUCACGCCAUCGAUCUAUGGGAGAGCCUGCUCAAACUGUGCGGGUGCAAAAAGCAAAUGCGUCUACGCCAGCAAUGACGGCGGCUGUGAAAGAUGUCGCCGGUUAAGCAAGCAAUGUGUUCCCUCCGCGUCAGUGAGAAAGCGCGGCAACAGGCGCACGGGCAGCUCGAGGACUGCGCAGUUGGAGGAGAAGCUCGAGGACCUGGUUACCAUGCUCCGUGACCAGAGCUCUGGCAAGUUUGCUCCGAACUCCAUCCCAACUCCCAGUCCCGGAGGCGCAUCCGCCAAUGGAUUCCAUGCCGGCUCCGACAACCCGAGCCCCCGGGAGGCUGCUGGCCAUGGAGCCAGGGCUCCGCAAACGCCCAAUUCUCAUGUGUCGGGGGCGAUGGAUGGUACAUUCUGCGAUUCCCGAUUAGCCUCCGCCCCUGUCGCCCCCAUCAGCUCCAUGAUACCUUUACCCAACACGCCGGCCGGCCGACUUGAGGCCGAAGCGUCUAUACGCUCCUUCCGCACCCGCUAUCUCGAUACAUUCCCUUGCGUUUAUCUCCCGCGAAGCAUGACUGCCGAGGGGUUGCGAGAGGAAAAACCCUUGUUGUGGUUUGCCAUCACCAUGGUGACUUGCCAGUCGAGCUCGCGACAGCUAGCCAUGGGCGACACCAUGCAGAAGAUUGUAGCGCAGAAGCUGGUUGUCGAGCACGAAAAGAGCAUGGACAUCCUUCUCGCUCUCCUUGUAUUCCUGGGCUGGUCGCAGUAUAAUAGGAGAGACAAGCCCUACCUUGCCACCUUUUGCCAUCUCGCCAUCUCGCUCAUCUUCGACCUUGCGCUCACCAGGCCGGUGGGGGAGAGCUCGACGAUCAUGUGCUUCAAGAGCCUCAAUCAGGCAAAGUUGGCGCCACCCGCGGCGAGGACGAUGGAGGGCCGUCGCGCGGUGCUCGCAUGCUUCUAUCUCACCUCUCAGAUCUCGUACACGAUGAAGAAAAUGGACGGGCUGACCUGGACGCCGUACAUGGACGAGUGCCUCAACGAACUAUCCCGGCAGCCAGAGUCCCCCCAGGACGAGAUUCUUGUCAGCCAGGUUCGGUUACAGUUAAUCGUCGAGCAGCUGCACCGAGCUCCCUGGCAGUGUUACGAACCUCGAACAGCUGGGACAGCAGGGCCGCCAGCCUCGUAUCUUCAUGCGCUCCAAUCACGGCUUAAGAAGGUCAAGAGCGAGCUGCCGCCAGAGCUAGCGAGUCGAGUUUUCAUGCAACUACAACUCCACUACACGAAGCUCGUAACCCUGGAAAGCGGACUGAGUCGGAACGCCUCCCCCCCAAGCAGCAACCCCGACUUUCGCAGAUACGACAUGACCUCGAAAUGCCUCGAGGCGACGAAGGACUGGUUCGACACCUUCUUCUCGAUGCCAAGCUCGGACCUCCACGCCAUGCCCUUCCUGCUCUGGUCCCAGCUCGCGCACUGCGUCGUGACUCUGUACCGGCUGACCACCCUUGACGAGCCCGCCUGGGACCGCGCCCAGGUCCGCGACACCCUCGACCUCCUCGUCGUCUGCGACAGGAUUAUAGCCGACUUUAACGCCGUGCGCACGAAGCACCGCCUCCCGGCGAACGACAGCGAGGACAUCUUCUUCAAGGGGGCCCGGAUGCUCCAGUCCAUGAAGUCGAGCUGGGCCGCCGAGCUGGCCAAGACAGAGCGCCCUGCGCCGGCAGAUGCUGCUGCUGCUGCUGCUGCUGCCGCUACUACUGCUGCCACUGCCGCUGUCCAGGGCGAUUUCGUCGACAGCGUUACGACUGGUCCCAUGGCGGUCCCCAUGAUGAUGUUGGACGAGUCGUGGAUGGUGGAUAAUAUAUGGCUAACGGAUAUCUUCAAUGCGUCGUGGGAGUGAGUGAGUGAGUGGACGGACAAGGUGCCCAAAGCAUUCAGGAGA